AUGCUCCGUCUCGGUUCAUUAUUGGCGCUUGCUUACCUUUUUACUCAAGGGACGACUGCGCCGGCCCCGGCAUGGCAGUUCGUUGAGAAAGGAAACUCUGGCAUCGUGGCCCUUGAGGCCAUUGUCGUGUCUCCAUCCCUCGUUGUAUUUUUCGAUCGAGCAACGAACGAUCCGCUCAAGACCGCUGAUGGCCGGACGGCUUGGGGAGCUCUCUGGAAUCUUGAAACUAAUCAGGCAACUCCUCUGAAGCUCGUCUCGGACUCGUUUUGUGCGAGUGGCUCAUUAUUGAGCAAUGGGACUAUGGUCAGCGUUGGAGGCAAUAUUCCUGCUCCUGCCGAUUUGAAUCAAACUGCUGCUUCGGACGGAAGAAUGGGGCUACGAAUGUUUGGCCCAUGCACGGAUGUCAACGGCGUUGGCUGCACGAUUUUUGAAGACCUCGAUAACAUUCAUCUUGUGGAAACCCGGUGGUAUCCGUCGUCUUUGAGGAUAUUUGACGGCUCUUUGAUGGUUGUCGGGGGCGUUCACGCUGGUGUCCCAUUCUACAAUGUUCACCCUGUCAAUUCCUUCGAGUUUUUCCCUUCUAAGGACAAUGGAGUCCCUCGUCAAUCCCCCUUCUUACAGAGAACUGCCCCUGUCAAUCUCUUCCCUCGAGUCUUUGCGCUUCCAGAUGGCAAAAUCUUCAUGCUCGCAAAUAACCAAUCCAUCAUCUACGACAUUGAGACGAACAAGGAGACCAUAUUACCGGACCUUCCUAAUGGACAAAGGGUUUCAAAUCCAUUUGACGGAACCCUUACGAUGCUCCCGCUCUCCCCACCGCUGUAUGUUCCUGAAGUGCUUGCUUGCGGAGGUUCCACGAAAAGCGACACGACACCAGUUGCAGACCUUUCGUCUCAAGAUCCGGCGACCUCUCAAUGUGCCCGUCUGACUCUCACACCCGCCGGAAUCGCACGAGGCUGGGAAGUCGAACAUAUGCCGCAGGGCCGAAUGAUGCCGGAGAUGAUCCUCAUGCCAAAUGGCCAAAUCCUAAUUAUCAACGGCGGCGCGAGCGGUUAUGCUGCUCUCAACUCAAUUGGCACUACGACUGGUGGCUCCAAUGCUGACCAUCCAGUUUUGACCCCGAUCCUAUAUUCACCUGAUGCUGCUGUGGGAAGGAGGAUGUCACAGGACGGUCUCCCGACAAGUAACAUCCCGCGUCUUUACCAUUCCACGGUGACUCUGCUGCCGCAAGGAAACAUUCUCCUUGCAGGCUCGAACCCGAAUCCAAAUGUCACCAUAAUCCCUGCAGGCCAACCUGGCUUCUCUUCGGAGUUCCGCGUCGAGACACUCGAUCCUCCGUUCAUGUCAAUGGCACGCCCGGUUUUGAGCAAUGUCCCAUCCAAAAUUCUCUUCAACCAACGGUUUACCAUCGACGUCAACAUGCCAGCAGGCGUCUCGCCCGUGGGAUUGAAAGUGGCCUUGAUGGACCUUGGUUUCUCCUCUCACGCUUUCCAUUCAAGCACCCGUCUCGUCUUCAUGGACGCAGUGUUGUCACCCAACGGACGGUCGCUCACCAUCUUGAGCCCUCCAAACAAUCGCGUCUAUCCUCCAGGGCCUGGGUAUAUAUUUGUCACAGUGGGAGACCGCACGAGCGUUGGCGCCCAUGUUAUGGUUGGGUCGGGUGCCAACCCACCGGUUGCUAAUCAAGGCAUCUUUAUCUAA